AUGCAGAUCUCAACCUCGCUCUUCGUGCUUAUGCUGCCGUUGCUUGUCAUCGCGUUUCCCGUUGCCGCACCAGCACCUGUACCCGCACCUGCGCCUAUCGCUGCUCCUGACAAGCGAUUCCUGAACGAGCCGGACGGGUCGACUCAACCCGGCCGUCGAGCGCACAGGGCGCAGAUCAUCUCAUUCGUCAGGUUCGAUUGA